AUGGAUGAAAACCUAGAGUCUAAAGACAGAUUAAGUGAUUUACCCGAUUGUAUUCUCCUUCACAUUCUCUCCUUUUUAGGCGCCAAACCCACGGUUCAAACUUGCAUACUGUCCCCGAGAUGGAACUCUCUCUGGAAGCGUCUUCCCACUCUUCGAUUAAACUGCUUCAACUAUAGGUAUUACAAUUUCACCGAAUUUGUAACUCAGAUUUUGUCUCUUCGAGAUGACUCAACAACACUACACACUCUCACUUUUCACCGUCAUGGUUUGGUUGAGCCUCACCUACUCAAAAGAGUCCUAAAUUACGGCAUUUCACAUAAUGUCCAGCAGUUAGAAAUCAAUGUCAAAUGUGAGAUUCAACACUUUCCUCCAAGCUUAUUUUCGUGUCACACUUUGACAUCUCUUAAACUUGUUCACCCUAACUUUUACUAUAUGAGAGCAUUACUUCCUUAUUCUCUGAAUUUGCCAUCACUAACUGAAUUGCAUCUGCAUUCGUUCGCCUUUCCAUUUGGCGAUGAUGGUUGUGCCGAGCCUUUUUCGGGAUUACACAAGUUGAAUACUUUGAUUAUUGAUAAAUGUGAAGUACAAAACCUCUGCAUAUUGAGUACCUCACUUGUCCGUUUAACUAUAGUCACCCGUGAUUAUCCUCCCGAUGAUUGUUGUGAAAUUGAGUUAUGUACUCAAAAUCUUUGUAUGUUUACUUUUAUUGGUUCUGCUUUUCACAAACUCUAUGGGAGCAAAAACAAUUUGUCUUCUAUUAAACACAUAGACAUUGAUCUUAGGUUGAUGUCAGAUUCUGCGGAGUAUUCGUUGUUUCUACUCAACUUCCUGGUUGAGCUUGUUAGUGUUAAGUCAAUGACGGUUUCUUCACAGACUCUUCAGGUUCUUUCUUUAGUUCCUGGCUUAUUUAAGGUUGAUCUCCCUUCCUUGUGUAACUUGAAGUCACUUAAAGUAAAAAAGAAACAAUCUUCGUUCCUACCCGAUUUAGUAGUGGAAUUUUUGCUUCAAAACUCUCCCUCAACAAAGGUUGAAAUCUUAGAUUGA